UGAAUAGUAAGUAAAGCUGAGUUUUACCUUCAAAUCUUUGACAAGAGGGGCCAAAAUUCGCAAGGCAGGGUUAGUUGCUUUCUCCAUAAAAGAUGCCGGAGCUAGAGGGAAUGCUGCCUCUAUUUUCUCUUGAUACUCUGGCCGUUCACUUGCCAUCACUAAGAAUGCAGUGCCUCCUUGACUGUGUCCAACAUACAUGAGCUUCUUCUGUUUACUAACCUCUAAUAUGUGAUCGAUCAUUGCUGGAAGAUCAUAUAUUCCUAUCUCAUGCCAGCUAAAAGAACAUAUGAAUUGAAAAUGCGUAAGGACAGUCUAAAUGAAGAAAUUUAAUUGAAACUUAUAGAAUUACCUGAACAUCCAGUAUUUCUCAUCUUUAGUGGUCAUCCACUUAUGUUUUCUGGAGUACCUAUUACCACGUACAUUACCCAACCACACAUCAUAGCCCCAAUCUGCUAAUAUGUAGCCUACAAAUAAUAGGAACUCUAUUUAUUGACAUCUUAUGUAAAAUAAUUAGAUCGUUUUGCUACUGUAUUAAUACAUUAUUUGAAUUAAUUAUAUAAGUUCUGUUGACAUACCUAAACUCUUUUCAGGUAUUCCCAUCACCCAAGUGGCAGAACAAUCCAUAAGACCAUGAACAAGCAGAACGGGAGGCUUGUUGCUUGCAAUAGGACUUCUCUUUGAUCCAACAAGUCUAUGCAUUUGUAGGAUGUGUCCAUCCUCUGUGACAACCUCAUGAGUUUCACCCAGGUAUCCAUAUUUCUGUCCACGUUCUGCCUGUAUAGAAGAUAAUAUCAUUACUAACUCAGGAUGUCUCUCAGAAAUAAAAGACAAUAUUUUAAUUCAAAGUUAAAUUAUCAUUUUUUGUCAGAUUCAAUUGCAAAUUAUAAAUGACUUUUCAAAUCUUAGAAUAUCAAAUCUUAAGAAUUAAAUAAGUUUCAUAAAUCUUAAUUAGAAAAAUUUACUAACAGGGAUCGGUGCUUUUGCAAAUGGGAAAGCGUCCAAGUCUUCAUACUCGGGGUUAAUAUCAUUAAUUAACCCAUAAUUUUCCUUGGAUAGUGGUACUCCCAGUACCACUGGAGCAAUGCAGCAGAGAAGAGAAAAUAGAGGUAACAUUGCUACACAGUGAUACUGCCCUCCUAAACAUUGAUGCUCUCUUGGUUCCAACCAUAUAUAGUGCCUUUUAUCAAGAUACAGAUUCGUGUAUAAACAUACUUGAUUAUAUUUUUAUCAGUGAUUAAUUAACUUGUUCCUGUUGGUAGGAGAGAAGUAAUCUUUGUUCAUCGAUGCAUUAUCAACGAUCUCGAGAUCCACUUGUGAUAUCCGGUCAAUACAUUUUUCAAAUUUUUUAGAACUGAUUAAGAAGCGUACAAUGUAUACAAAUAUUAUGUGACGUAAAUCAAUAGGGUGUACGAGACAGUUUAUGCUAUUGUUAAAAGCAAUUUUUCUUUUAUUCAAUUAGACGAAAAAAAUAUACAUUUGUAUUUGGAAAGAGUUAUAACUUGUAACAAUAUUUGUAGAAAUAUUUUAUUCAUAUUGGCGCCAAACUAAAAUUCUAAUAAAUAAAAUAUGAAUUGGCAUUGACAUUUUUGCAGCAGACUGUCCAGUACUUUAUCUAAAAGCAUGUGUCAGAUUACAACUGAUAGAGAAUCGUUUAGAACUACUUUUAUUUUGUUUUUAUGUUAAGGUUUUAUUAUCUUAAAUAAGUCACUGAUAUCUCUGUACAAAUUUGAACACCUGUUUCAUGAUAUAAAUAAUCUAUUUUUUAAGAAUUUUUCAAAUUCUACACAUGAAAUUAAAUUAUUAUCUAUCUACCUCUUAAGUUCAUUUAUUUGUAAUUACAAUAUUUUGAUGACCUUAGCUCGUUUAUUUCAAGAUCUGAAUACAAAACAGCUAAUUACCUAAUACUUGAAACAAGGGAUUUAAAAAAUUACUAUUCAUUGGUGUAAUUAUUCUUCAAUAUAUGUAUACGAAAGGUUAAGUGUAAAGAGCUGAAAAUCUAGGUCAACAAGAUGCAUAAAAUUGUUAACUUAUUAUUGCUCUGUGAAUGUAUUGAUAAAUCUUGCUGAAAUUCACGGAGUGAAAGCAACGUGUGCUUCUAUAGGCUAACGAGUUCGUGUUUGCUCUUGUGAGACGUCCUAAAUAUUACAUCAUAUGGAAUAACAGAAAAGGGGGUCGUAUAAACGUUGUAACCAAGCGAAAGUCAUGCAUACAUGUGCUUCUUGACCGACUAGUUGCAACGAAGCCGGUCACGCUUCACGUUUCACCUUUCAUUAAUAGUUAUCUAUGUGACUUAAUGCUAAUCAAUUAAUUUAUUGAAAUAUUAUAAUUGUUACUUGUGCAAUUGUGUUAGUUUUACGUUACCUAUUGUUUAUUUGUAAGAGAAAAACAGUUUGAUGCAUCUGGUACCAAAGGAUUAAGAAAAGAAAUCAUGUAACAUUUAAUGAAUGAUUUUUAUAUAUAAUUUAAUUAAACUUUCUGCUACUUUACACACCUACAUUAUUAAUUCAUAAGUUAAUGUAUCGAAUGAAAAAAUAAAUACAUAUAUAUUUUGUUUUACAUUUGUCAGUAAAUUAUUUUAUAUAUAUCAAUGCAAUAAGUCACGGUACUUAGCUGUAUAAUUAAAAGUAUCUAUAGGAGAAUAAACAGGUAGAGAAAUAAUAAAAAAAAACAAUAUUUUAUAAAAAGAAAGUAUUUGAACGAGUUUAACAAAAGAAAAAAUAGGCCAAGGACUAAUAGAAAAAAUGCAGUUCAUAUCUGUGAAGCACUUUAUCUUUAUCAUAUUAAUCAUUUUAUGGCCCAUAGAAGCUAAACGUUCAGCAAAGCUUCUAACAAUUAGGAAUCGUGCCAUGGUGCACAGGAAAGGAGCUAUACGUACAGAACUCAAACAUAAAAUUUGCUUUGAUUUGGUUGGCUGCUUCUCUGAUCCACCACCUCAUUUGUCAUUGAAGCGACCUCCGCAACAUCCAAAUAUAAUUCGAACUAGAUUUUUACUGUACACUCGUACUAAACAGGAUUUACCUGACAGUCUUCAAUAUGGCGAUGAUUUUCAUUCCAUGUUGCAAUCAAAAUAUGACGCGAAGAGGCCUCUGAAAGUUAUCAUACAUGGUUACAAAGGGAGCGGGAGCGACGUUGGAGCUGUUCUUCUUGUGAAGAAACUUCUGAUCUUGGAAGAUACAAAUGUCUUGGUACUGGACUGGACAAGGGGUGCAGCGACAACAUACUCAGCAGCCGUAGCCAAUACUGAAUUAGUAGGCCGACAAUUAGGCUUGGUCCUCCUAGACGCCAUCGAAAUGGGGACUUUACCUGAAGACAUUCAUGUGAUCGGCUUUAGUCUCGGUGCUCAUGUUGCUGGCUGCGCUUCCGAGAUACUCAAAAAGAGGAAUCUUCUCCUGGGACGUAUAACUGGUCUAGACCCUGCAUCUCCAUUCUUCAGGAACCAUUUGUUUAGAGAAAAAUCUAGAAAACUGGAUGCCACUGACGCUCAGCUUGUAGAUGUUAUUCACACAGAUGGAUCUGAAGAUUUUGCGGAUGGUUUUGGACUCUUGAAACCCCUUGGUCACAUCGACUUCUUUCCCAAUGGUGGAAGGGAACAGCCUGGUUGUACCGAUGUGAAAAACUCUGUUGUUGUUAGUCACUUAAAUGAGGACAGCUUAACUAGGGAAAUCGCAUGCAGCCACUUGAGAGCUUGGGCAGUUUUCUUAGAAAGCGUUAAAGCAACUAAUGAAUCUUGUAAGUUCAUUGGCUGGCCUUGUUCGCAAGGAAGAAUGUCAUAUAUAAGCGGGAUGUGCUUUCCUAUGGAGUCUACGCUUUGGUCUCAAGAAAUGGGUUACAAGGCUGAUCGAGGUGCUUUAGGAAUUUAUUAUUUGCCAACCAGGGGAGAAGAGCCAUUUUGCGGUCAGCCUUUCAGAGCAUCAGUCACGGUAUCAGAAAAUUCUCCAAAAACAUCGGGGAUGUUAUUCAUAAGAAUUCGACAACAUAAUGUGACAACAACAUUUAAGAUUGAAUGCCUAUUAUUGAACCGAAGGAAUGAUCGAAUGACCUUCUACAAUAUCGCGGCAAUGGGGCAUCAAUCAUUUUCGAAUGAUCAGCGGACGAUACAAGCAUUAGUUUGGUAUCAAAGUUUCAUAGACGAAUCACAGAAAGACUCGAAUAAAAUUUCCUUUAUAGACACAUUGUUCGUAAAUAAGCUCAUGCUCGAAGAUAGAAAAGGAAACAGGUGGGAGUAUUGUACGGAAAACGCUGUAAUAAAUUCACAACGAAGGACACUGGUCCUACGACACGGAAACUGCAAUUUUUCAUAAACAAAACAUUCAUCAUGGGAAAUUACUGUGUAAUCUCUGUGACUGAUUCCCUUA